ACGCUAAUGGACUCCACCACGGCGACGGCAGAGCUGGGCUGGACAGUGCAUCCUCCCUCAGGGUGGGAAGAGGUGAGCGGAUACGACGAGUACAUGAACACGAUCCGGACGUACCAGGUGUGUAACGUCUUUGAGUCCAAUCAGAACAACUGGCUGCGGACCAAAUACAUACGGAGGAGAGGAGCUCACCGCAUCCACGUGGAGAUGAAAUUUUCCGUCCGGGACUGCAGCAGCAUCCCAAGCGUUCCCGGCUCCUGCAAGGAGACCUUCAAUCUCUACUACUUCGAAUCUGACUUUGACUCGGCCACCAAGACUUUUCCCAACUGGAUGGAGAACCCCUGGGCAAAGGUGGACACCAUUGCGGCUGAUGAGAGCUUCUCCCAGGUGGACCUGGGUGGCCGCGUGAUGAAGAUCAACACCGAGGUGCGCAGCUUCGGGCCGGUCUCCAAGAACGGAUUCUAUCUGGCGUUCCAGGACUAUGGGGGCUGCAUGUCCUUAAUCGCUGUCCGGGUCUUCUACCGCAAGUGCCCCCGAGUGAUCCAGAACGGGGCCGUGUUUCAGGAGACGCUCUCGGGAGCAGAGAGCACUUCGCUGGUAGCGGCCAGGGGGUCGUGCAUUACCAACGCAGAGGAGGUGGAUGUCCCCAUCAAGCUGUACUGCAAUGGGGACGGGGAGUGGCUGGUGCCCAUUGGACGGUGCAUGUGCAAGGCUGGCUACGAAUCGGUGGAGAACGGGACCGUCUGCAGAGGCUGCCCAUCGGGGACGUUUAAGGCCAGCCAAGGGGACGAAGGGUGCAUUCACUGCCCAAUUAACAGCAGGACAACUUCGGAAGGGGCCACCAACUGCGUGUGCCGAAAUGGAUAUUACCGGGCAGACUCCGACCCCCUGGAUAUGCCAUGCACCACCAUCCCAUCCGCCCCCCAGGCCGUGAUCUCCAGUGUGAACGAGACGUCGCUGAUGCUGGAGUGGACCCCACCCCGGGACUCCGGGGGCCGCGAGGACCUGGUGUACAAUAUCAUCUGCAAGAGCUGCGGCUCGGGGCGCGGCGCCUGCACCCGCUGUGGGGACAACGUGCAGUUCUCCCCACGCCAGCUGGGCCUGACAGAGCCCCGCAUCUACAUCAGCGACCUGCUGGCCCACACCCAGUACACCUUUGAGAUCCAGGCCGUGAACGGGGUCACCGACCAGAGCCCCUUCUCCCCACAGUUUGCCUCAGUCAAUAUCACCACCAACCAGGCCGCCCCUUCUGCUGUGUCCAUCAUGCACCAGGUCAGCCGGACGGUGGACAGCAUUACCUUAUCGUGGUCUCAACCUGACCAGCCCAACGGAGUCAUCCUGGAUUAUGAACUGCAAUACUUUGAGAAGGAUCUGAGUGAAUUCAAUGCCACAGCAGUGAAGAGCCCCACCAACACCAUGACUGUGCAGAACCUCAAAGCCGGCACCAUCUACGUCUUCCAGGUGCGGGCACGCACCGUGGCCGGCUACGGCCGCUACAGUGGCAAGAUGUACUUCCAGACCAUGACCGAAGCUGAGUACCAAACCAGCGUCCAGGAGAAGCUGCCGCUCAUCAUCGGCUCCUCCGCAGCGGGUCUGGUGUUCCUCAUUGCCGUGGUCGUCAUCAUCAUUGUGUGCAACAGAAGACGGGGCUUCGAGCGAGCCGACUCCGAGUACACUGACAAGCUGCAGCACUAUACCAGUGGCCACAGUACGUACCGCGCACCCGUGCCUGGCCUGGGGGUCCAUUCCUUCUUCGUGACUCCGGGAAUGAAGAUUUACAUUGACCCCUUCACCUAUGAAGACCCCAAUGAGGCCGUCAGGGAAUUUGCAAAGGAAAUCGACAUCUCUUGUGUCAAAAUUGAGCAGGUGAUCGGAGCAGGGGAGUUUGGGGAAGUGUGCAGUGGGCACCUCAAGCUGCCUGGCAAGAGAGAGAUCUUUGUGGCCAUCAAAACGCUGAAGUCGGGUUACACGGAGAAGCAGAGACGGGACUUCCUGAGCGAGGCCAGCAUCAUGGGGCAGUUCGACCACCCCAACGUUAUCCACCUGGAGGGGGUGGUCACCAAGAGCGCCCCUGUCAUGAUCAUCACCGAGUUCAUGGAGAAUGGCUCCCUGGACUCCUUUCUCCGGCAAAACGAUGGGCAGUUCACGGUGAUCCAGCUGGUGGGCAUGCUGCGGGGCAUCGCCGCGGGCAUGAAGUACCUGGCUGAUAUGAACUUCGUGCACCGGGACCUGGCGGCCCGCAACAUCCUCGUCAACAGCAACCUGGUCUGCAAGGUGUCCGACUUCGGCCUGUCCCGCUUCCUAGAGGAUGACACCUCGGAUCCCACCUACACCAGUGCGCUGGGUGGGAAGAUCCCGAUCCGGUGGACGGCGCCUGAAGCAAUUCAGUAUAGGAAAUUCACCUCAGCCAGCGACGUGUGGAGCUACGGCAUAGUCAUGUGGGAGGUGAUGUCCUAUGGGGAGCGGCCCUACUGGGAUAUGACCAAUCAAGAUGUGAUAAAUGCGAUAGAGCAGGAUUAUCGGCUGCCCCCUCCCAUGGACUGCCCCAACGCCUUGCACCAGCUAAUGCUCGACUGCUGGCAGAAGGACCGGAACCACAGGCCCAAAUUCGGGCAGAUUGUCAACACGUUGGACAAAAUGAUCCGGAACCCCAAUAGCCUGAAAGCCAUGGCACCCCUCUCCUCCGGGAUUAACCUCCCUUUACUGGACCGCACAAUCCCCGAUUACACCAGUUUCAACACAGUGGAUGAAUGGCUGGAUGCCAUCAAGAUGGGCCAGUACAAGGAGAGCUUUGCCAGCGCCGGCUUUGCCACCUUUGACGUGGUGUCACAGAUGACCAUGGAGGACAUUCUGCGAGUCGGGGUCACUUUAGCAGGCCAUCAGAAGAAAAUUCUGAACAGUAUCCAAGUGAUGCGAGCACAGAUGAAUCAGAUCCAAUCUGUGGAGGUUUGAUGUUCACACGUCCUCACGCUCCUCUUCCUCAAGGCCCUUCUCCCCUUUGCCCCUGUACGUCCAAGCUCCAGGUCUUGAGUGUUCUGCAUUCACCAGAGACAGGCAGCUGCUCUAAGGAUCGUGGCAACAGGAAGCAACAUCCUGACAACAAAAAGUUGCCAAGAGCUUCUAGAAUUUAAGCAAUGGAAAAAAGGGAACAAGGAAGACAAAUAUUUUGGGAAAACUAUGAAAUAUUUUUUAAAAAUAAUAAUAAUAAAGCAAUGGCAUUUUCGAAAAGGGCUCUGAGAUCCACAGGAGUCUCCAAAGGGAGAUACAAGAGCAGAUCCUUUCAUUUCCUUCUUGCACAAGGCUGCUUCAGCAGGCCUCAGACACCUCUGGAGCAAAGAGACUUUGUCAAGGAGAUGAAAGCCAAGUGAAGACACGGGAAGCGCUCCUCCUUUUCUCCCUUGGGAUGGUGACUCUGGGGACAUCCUGCAGCCAGCAGUCGUCCCCGAAAGCCCCCAGCUGGCGAAUCACAGGGGGAGAGAGAGCUGAGAAGUUCUUGCCGUGUAAUGGACCAAGCGCAUCUGUAAAGUGGCAAACUUUUGCAAAGCUGAAGAUUUUUGUAAAAUAAACAAACUGAGACGAGAAGAGUCUUUUUUCCUGCAGAUGCGAAGAAACCUUGAACCCAUUGGGAGUGGGGGAUGGGGAAACCAAUCCUUUUUAGAGCUCUUAUUUUCUUGCUCUUGCCAUGGAACGGUUUAGUGAGUGACGCGUUUUCCAGGGGUCUGCCCAUCCAGCCCUCCAAUGGCAUCAUUGUCUCAUACAUAUCAUAUGCACAAGACUUUUAGUGAUCGCCUCACUAGUUGCCAAUGACCUUUUCUCAGAAGACUUCCCAAGUACAGUAUGUAGUAGUUUUUGAUUACAAAUGCUGACGUGUCCAUUUAUUUUUCUGUUGUCGUUGUUUGGAGAUUUGUCCUUUGACCUUGUUUGUUUACAACAAUUUGUGGCUUGGGGGAUGGAUUUUGUUUUUUGGUUGGUUGGUUGGGUUUUUUUAUGAAAAGGAACUGACAUUUCCAGGCUUCGGAUCUCUCAAGAACUUGAACCUUCUCCCUGUGGAAGGAGAAUUGCAGCUUACCGACUAGACAAUACGCCAAGGGCAAGAGUUUUUAUAUUCACGUUUCCUCCUCUUUGCUCGUUUGUUAUUUUGUAAUUUCCAUUGCCUGACAGCUGUUUAUAACUGCCGUGUGUCCGGCUGAAAUAACCACUGCCCAGCUGGGGCUGCUGCUGCAGGGCGGGGCAGGGUUAUGGAGGGUUUUGUGGAUGGGGAAAGAGGGGUCAUUCCACAGGUCAUGAUCAGAGCCCUUUGGAGACGCAGGACUGUUUAGAGAGCUGAGAACCGGUCCUACCAGCUGUGACAAAAGAAGAUGUGGUGCAUGCAGCAGAGAGAGGGAGGGGGGAUGCACUACAGGCAGCAGCCAGUAUCCUGCGUAAGGUUUCUCAGAGUAGGGACGCUGUCCCAGGCCAGGAUGUAAAUCAUUCACUGUGAUACCUAACGCCAUGCACUCAGAUGCUCACCCCCUGCCUCAGGAGGUGCUUCAUGUGCCAAAGGUUUCGUUCUCAGCUGCCACAUCUAGGGGAGGCCAAAACAGCAAAAGCUGUCUGGCCAAGGGCGCCGCAGCAGGCAGGUCCCUCCCCAGGCCAAACCAGCCGACCAGGCAGUCAGGGGGUUUAUAAAGAACUGACGUAAAGGCUUUAGUUACAGAACAAUCCCCGGUACUUGGACAUACCACUGGACAAAUCGGAGGGCAGUGCAAGAGAGCAAACGCUUGGAUUUGCUCUUGUAGCUUUCAUCCCCUGUGUCCUUCUGGGCAUGUGCGGUGUCACUCGGCGUUCCUCGGGCUGCGCCCAGGGUCGCCACGUCAUUCGAACAGGAACACCUUUGCUUGGCAGUGGCACAGGGCCUUGAAGACGUGUUCACAGGGAGCUGCUCUUGGUUAUUUUCCAGUGGCUAACGCCAAAAGGGCAAAGCAUGUGCUGUGGAUAGAACCCUAUGUGCGGCGUACCCUCCUGGGCCACGCAGGCUUAUACCGGAGUCUUUAUAAAAUAUGUCAAGCCCUGUACAAAAUACUUAACGUUUUCCCCUUAAGAUUUGACCGGGAGACAAAACAUGGCUGAGAGACAGGGUCGCGGUGAGCUUUGGGUCACCCCUCUGCUUAGCUCUGUUCUCUCUGGUGUGUUCGGUGCACAGCUACCGCAGCAGGAGCCUGAAAUGCCAAGUCUGCCUCUCAAGGGUCUGUUCAUCUGAAAUGUGUCUAGAUACUGGGCCUGGUUUUUACAUGGCUUGAUGGCCAAACAGUCACUGGAAUUCUGGGGACCUCUAUAACUGGGCCGUGCUGUGGCCUGGGGUCCAUAGUUCUCAGUGGCCUCAGUGUCCAUUCAGAGCAAGCACUCUGAAAUGAAUGGCACUGCUCCAGAUUUCACUGCGAGCAGAAUUUGGCCCAGUCUCUGAUGAUUGGGGUGAGAAACGCCAGGCGUUCUGUAGGCUCCUGGGGGCCCGGGGGUGUCAGCUGGCCGCACUGAGUUCUGACGCACAGUCAAGUCAGUCUUUAUGUGUAUAUUCCACUGCGGCGUGUGUAAACUGGCCCUGUGUUUGACAAGCACUGUACCUGAUAACGGUGUGGUCUAGCUGUACAGGAUUGGCACACAAGAGACAGUGGUGUCAGCUGGAGCAUUCCUAGUGUUUGCCGGGAGCGUACUGGGAAAAUGGAGGCCUCCCUACACAGUCUAUAAUAGAUGGGUGAGCAGAGCAGCAGAGAGAAAUGCUUUCAUGCUGCAUCUCUCUCUUCCACUGCAAGUGCUACAUUUUAACAAGGGAGAGCUCCUCAGUGUCGCCCGAGGGUAUCGGACGAGGCGGCUCAGUGCCAGCCCCGGGGGACGGGCGCACAGGGCUGUACUGCGUCGUAUAGCCAUAGCCAACCAGCUGCUUUGUGCACAAGGAAAGCGUUUGAGUGCGAGGAGAGCUGCCUCUGUAGAAAACCCACCAGCAAAUUCCAGUGGGGCAACCAUCUGGAAUGAUCACAUGAUGCGCUUGCAUGGUCUUUCCCAGACAAUGCUUGACUGUUCUGUGCCACCCAUUACAUGCUUCCAUGAACUCAGUAGGAGUGGUGGCCAUGCUGCAGCCCUCAGAGUCGGUGACCUUCGGACAGGGCUCUGGGAAGAACUUAUGAUCGUGUCCACUGGGCAAUUUUCUGUCUUGAUGCACUAAACCUGCUCUUCGCCAGCCAACUGGCGUUAUACGCAUCUAACUGCCUGACCCCACCCACUGUGAAAGAAGGGAUUGUACAGAGCAGUGGAUCCCGUAGUUGGCAUGGGCUGUGGCAGCCAAAGGUGCAUCUUCAUAUCUUCCCCAGACCAAAAAUCACACGUCGUCAAUCCAAGAAGAGCAUGUUUUCUAGUCUGUUAAUACCAAGCGUCACUGUGACAGCUUACCUGGGACUAGCGGAGAAUGAGACAGAAAUGGAAAGAACUAAUAAUGCACCACUUCUCUCUGCAGCUCUCCAGCUCUUCCUGAGGACGUGAGGAGCCACUGUCCAAUGUUCCUCACCCUCCCUUUGCCUGGUAAUGCUUCUGGAGUUAGGGUCUGCUCCUAGGAAAGCAGAGAGCCACUGGGGUGAUUUCAAAACAAUUGCAUUUCAUGGGUGUAAAACAUACUCUUCUGAAACAUUCUUCUAGUGGCAAAAAUCAGCGUCAUACAGAGAGCAGGUAACAAGUGAAAAAGUAAUGUGGACACUGUGACACAAUGUGUGUGUGUGUGUGUGUGUGUGUGUGUGUGUG